AUGGCCGGCAAAGACGCUGCAAAGGGCAAGAAAGCCGCCCCCAAGGGCUUGAAGCAGGCCAACGCUGCCGCCAAGGCUGCUCUCAAGGGCACCAGCUCCAGCAAGAACCGCAAGGUCCGCCUGAGCACCUCCUUCCACCGCCCUAAGACCCUCGUCACCUCGCGAGCUCCUAAGUACCCCCGCAAGUCGAUCCCUCACUUGCCCCGUCUUGAUGAGCACAAGAUCGUCAUCAAGCCUCUCAACACCGAGAGCGCCAUGAAGAAGAUGGAGGAGCACAACACCCUUGUCUUCAUUGUCGACGUCAAGUCCAACAAGGCCCAGAUCAAGCAGGCUCUCAAGAAGCUUUACGACAUCGACACCCUGAAGAUCAACACCCUCAUCCGCCCUGACGGUUCCAAGAAGGCCUACGCCCGCCUGACUCCUGAUGUCGAUGCCCUCGACAUUGCCGCCAACAAGCUGGCUCUGGUCUAA